AUGUCAGACAAGACGGCAGAAAGCAUCCUCGUCCCCUUCUUGGGGGCUUUCCAAGCUUCCUUAUCGGUGCUCCUCACCAUUUCCGCCGGUGUCAUUGCCGCCCAGUAUGGCCUCCUCGACGACCGCAGCAGCAAGAAGAUUUCGACCUUUUGCGUUCGAAUGGCCCUUCCUGCUCUCCUGAUUACGAAUGUUGGUUCGCAGCUUGACCUCGAGACUGGAAUUCGAUACGUCCCCAUCAUCAUCUGGGCCAUCUUUUACACUACAGUGUCAAUCGGCAUCGGUUUCGUCUUGACAAAGGUCUUUGGCAUGCCCGACUGGGUCAUUCCGGCCAUCGCCUUCAAUAACACGACCAGUCUGCCCCUCUUGCUCGUGCAAUCCCUCGACGCCACCGGCAUCCUUAGCUCCAUCGAUGACAGCUCUGGCGUCGUCACCAAGGCCAAGAGCUAUUUCUUGGUCAAUGCUAUGAUUGGCAACUCCCUCACAUUUGCUCUGGGACCGAAACUCCUCAACGGCCAAGAAGAGGAAGCCCCUGACAAGAACGAGGGAGACCAAAACGACGAUGAGUAUGACAGCGAUAGCGAACAAGAUCUCGAGUCCCAAGAGCAGGACGCCGUCGAGCACAACGAGCAAACCUCUCUUCUCCCAGACCGCACCGUCACCAGAAUCACCCGCACAAAGUACCGCGUCUACGGCAAGGGCAGCAAAUACUGGUCCAACCUGUCCCCGACAUCCCGCUCCACCCUCGAGUUCCUGUACAGCUUCGUCAACGCCCCCGUAAUCGGCGCGCUCAUCGGCGCCCUUCUCGGCCUCGUCCCCGCUCUCCACCGCCUCUUCUUCAACGAGCCUGAGGAGGGCGGCUACUUCAACGCCUGGCUCACCUCCUCGGUCAAGAACGUCGGCGAGCUCUUCGCCGUGCUGCAGGUCAUCGUCGUGGGCGUGAAGCUGUCCAAGGCCAUCUUGCAGUACAAGAACGGAGAGGACUCCAAGGAGAGCAAGGUGCCUGUGGUGCCGUUCCUGGCGGUCACGUUCGUUAGGUUCAUUCUCUGGCCCGUCAUCUCGAUUGGCGUGAUUUAUCUCUUGGCUAGCAGGACGGAACUCUUGACCAAGGAUGCGCUUUUGUGGUUCUGUUUGAUGCUUAUGCCGACUGGACCUCCGGCUAUGAAGUUGUCUGCGCUGGCGGAUGUUGAUGGGUCUGAAGACUCUUUAAAGAUGUUGAUUGCCAAGUUUUUGACUAUGUCUUAUAUCGUAUCACCCCUGAUCUGCUUCACGGUGGUUGGUGCUUUGAAAGCAAGCGAGGCCAUUGUUGCCAAGUAG